AUGGUAGUCUAUGCUAUAUGUUUGUUGCAGGGAGUGAAUGGUGUCCUGGAAAGUCCAACUGGCACAGGAAAGACUCUCAGCUUGCUGUGCUCGUCGCUUGCGUGGCUCCAAGCCAAGAAGGCUCAGGCACAAGCAACUGCCCAGGGUCUAUUGCUCAACAACGACUCUCAGCAGACGUUCAACACAACUCUUCAGGCAGAGCUGAAGAAGUCCACAGGAGUUCCAGAAUCAUCAGGAGAUGCUAUGUGGAGUGAAAGGUUAGCCACGCCUCACAUCAUCUACGCAUCUCGCACGCACUCACAGUUGACGCAGGUUAUGUACGUGUACCACCAAACAAUGUACAAGGUGCUCAGAAUAUGGACACCAAAACUAAAUAAUUAUAAUUGUCCAGGUGAAAGGUUAGCCACGUCUCACAUCAUCUCCGCAUCUCGCACGCACUCACAGUUGACGCAGGUUAUGUACGUGUACCACCAAACAAUGUACAAGGUGCUCAGAAUAUGGACACCAAAACUAAAUAAUUAUAAUUGUCCAGGUGAAAGGCACAGGGAGGCGGUACUCGGUCGAACUACUCACAGCUACUCUACCAGGGCCGCUGUGGGGGGUGGUGUGCGGGCUCCUGUCAUUGAGAUGACUGUGAACCUGACGAACGCAUACUACGUGGCGAGUGAAAGGUUAGCCACGCCUCACAUCAUCUACGCAUCUCGCACGCACUCACAGUUGACUCAGGUUAUGAAAGAGUUGAAGCGUUCUGGUUACUCUCAUGUCAAAGCUGCCAUUCUGGGCUCACGAGACCAGCUGUGUCUUCACCCAGACCUCUCCCAGGAACAAGGCUUCAUGAAGGUGACAAUGUGUCGAGCCAAGGUAAGAGAAAGGACGUGUCAUUUCUACAACAAUUUCGACACCAACAAGAUGGACAAGGGGUUCGCACCGCCUGAAGUGGUGGACAUAGAGGACCUGGUCAAGUUCGGCAACAAGAGACAGUGCUGCCCGUACUACUUGGCCCGUGAGCUCACCACUUCCGCUGACAUCACGUUCAUGCCCUACAACUAUCUGCUGAACCCUCAGACUCGCCAGCAACAGCGUCUCGAUCUCAAUAAUGCAGUGGUGAUACUUGACGAGGCCCACAAUGUGGAGAAGAUGUGUGAGGAGUCUGCUUCAGUUCACUUUAGUAGCACCGACAUCGCUCUGUGUAUUAAUGAAGUCACUCAGGCAAUGAAAAAGUUUAGUGACAAUUUAAAUCAAGAAUCAGACGGAGACACAGAGAUGGAUUUCAAAAUGGAAGAUUUGUGUUUAUUGAAGACAAUGUUUUUGGCUCUAGAAAAGGCUGUUGAUGAAAUAGAACUGGAUACUGUGAAAGAAGAGGGUCCCAACAAGGGAAAGAAGGCAGGGAGAACAUUCCCAGGAUCGUACAUAUUUGGACUACUUGGCAAAGCUGAAAUUCAAGGAGAGAACGUGCUAGUAAUAGACCAGGCUCUGACAGGUCUGGCACAGUUCUUGUCCACCACCAGUGACUCUCCCCUUGCCUCAAAAGGCAACAUGCUUGUAAUAUAUACAAUUGUCUGUUCAGAUUCAAGGAGAGAACGUGCCAGUAAUAGACCAGGCUCUGACAGGUCUGGCACAGUUCUUGUCCACCACCAUUCUUGUCCACCACCAGUGACUCUCCCCUUGCCUCAAAAGAUUCAAGGAGAGAACGUGCUAGUAAUAGACCAGGCUCUGACAGAUCUGGCACAGUUCUUGUCCACCACCAGUGACUCUCCCCUUGCCUCAAAAAUCAACAUGCUUAUUCAAGGAGAGAACGUGCCAGUAAUAGACCAGGCUCUGACAGGUCUGGCACAGUUCUUGUCCACCACCAGUGACUCUCCCCUUGCCUUAAAAAUCAACAUGCUUAUUCAAGGAGAGAACGUGCCAGUAAUAGACCAGGCUCUAACAGGUCUGGCACAGUUCUUGUCCACCAUCAGUGACAAUCCCCUUGCCUUAAAAAUCAACAUGCUUAUUCAAGGAGAGAACGUGCCAGUAAUAGACCAGGCUCUGACAGGUCUGGCACAGUUCUUGUCCACCACCAGUGACUCUCCCCUUGCCUUAAAAAUCAACAUGCUUAUUCAAGGAGAGAACGUGCCAGUAAUAGACCAGGCUCUGACAGGUCUGGCACAGUUCUUGUCCACUACCAGUGACUCUCCCCUUGCCUCAAAGGGCAACAUGCUUGUGCGCUUCAACGAGUUCCUCAAGGUCGUUUAUGCCAGCUGUGGUCCCCAGGGUGUCAAGAACAAUUCGGAUCUAUUUUACAAGGUAUACAUUGAACCGGAAAAAGUACCGAAGAAAGCCAAACCUGAUUCUUGGUCCGCUCCAAAAACUACCCUCAACUCCAAUGCUAAGGUGAUAAACUUCUGGUGUUUCAGCCCUGGAUUUGCGAUGAGAUCUCUGCUGAAGCAGGGGGUUCACUGCAUAGUCCUGACCAGUGGAACCCUGUCGCCUCUACAUGCUACCAUCUCUGAGCUGGGCAUUCCCAUCCCUGUACAACUUGAGAACCCUCACAUCAUUGAGCCAUCUCAGAUCUCUGUAAAUGUGUUGAACAAAGGGCCGACUGGUGAAAAACUGAUAUCUACCUUCGCUAAUAGGUCAGGAGAAUCCAAAAAGUACCUGGGAGAUCUAGGGAGAAUGCUGACCAACUUCUGCAGAGUGGUACCAGAUGGAGUGUUGAUGUUUUUUCCGUCUUAUCCACUCAUGGAGAAAACCAUAAAUCUUUGGCAACAAGAAGGUUUCUGGUCCCAAAUAAUCGCUCUAAAGCCACUGUUUGUGGAGCCGCAGUACAGGGACCGGCUGGCCGAUGUGAUGAAGGAGUACAACUCAGCUCUGGAGGCAGAAGACUCGCGUGGUGCGGUGUUCCUGGCCGUGCUGCGAGGCAAGGUGUCGGAAGGUAUGGACUUCGCAGAUGCCCGCUGCCGUGCAGUCAUCAUCACCGGACUGCCUUAUCCACCUUUCAAGGACCCCAGAAUUAUUCUUAAGCGAGAGUAUGUUGAUAACCUUCGCAAAACUGAUCCUAAGGUAGGUUCUUUGGCUCUCUCGGGCAACGAAUGGUAUCAGUUGGAGGCCACCAGGGCUGUGAACCAAGCUGUGGGCCGCGUGAUCCGACAUGGCAGCGAUUUCGGAGCCAUCAUGCUCUGUGACUGUCGGUUCGAGUCAUCCAACAUCACCAACUCUCUGUCAGCUUGGGUGCGACCCCACAUUAACAAGUGUCAAGAGUUUGGACUUGCCUAUGGUCGUGUGUCCAAGUUCUUCAAGAGCAUGGGGAUAGCGCCACAGACACGGCCUAUUCAAUCAGGUGCUAGUUUUGAUUCUGUGGAAGGUAAAGUGCGGAUAAAGGAAAAAGCUGAACAGCCACGAAAAGAAAAUUUAAGUCAAAAUUCAAUGCAGCAGUUUUUAGAAAAAGGUUCUACAGACACAACCGAAAACGAAGACUUCAGCACAACCUUCCCCCAGUG